UGUGUGUGUGUGUGUGUGUGUGUGUGUGUGUGUGUGUAUGCCUACCUCGACCCACAGCCCAGAGCCUGAAGAACAGUAGGACGAAAAUGGACGGAGUGGGUUCGUUUGGUGCUGGGAGAGCCGGGGCUGCGUUCGACCCUAUUGCCUUUAUCCAACAGCCGCAGACCAUCCUCAGAAUAUUAUCAUGGAUCUUCUCAAUGGUAGUGUUCGGAUCCAUAAUAAAUGAAGGCUAUGUCAACCAUGGCAGUCAGAGGCUCUAUUGUGUUUUCAACAAGAACAACAAUGCCUGCAACUAUGGAACCACGAUUGGGCUCAUAGCAUUUCUUGCAUGCAUUUUCUUCAUUAUCCUUGACAUGAAGUUCCAACAAAUCAGCAGUAUUAAAGACAGGAAGAAGGCAGUGAUGCUGGACAUUGGAUUUUCAGGUUUCUGGGCGUUUUUGUGGUUUGUUUGUUUCUGCUUCUUGGCCAACCAAUGGCAGCGCACCACACCAGAUGAGCUGCCCUUAAAUCAGGGAGUGGAUGCUGCCAGAGCUGCCAUCACCUUCUCCUUCUUCUCCAUCUUCACCUGGGCAGGUCUGACCGUGAGAGCGGUGCAGAAGUACAUGCUAGGGACCGACAUGACCCUCUUCACCACAGAGCACGUGGACGGCAUCCCACCCAUCCAGCCCUACCCCACCGGCCCGAGCACCGAGCCCAGCGACACAUACCAGAGCCCACCCUUCACCGAAAACCUGGACUCCAGCGCCCCAGCCUACCAGGUGCCAAUUUACUGAAAAUUGUACUGGUGCCUAACAAAAGUCCACAUGCGAUGUCUUUGGUGUGUCGGAGUCAGUGUUGAUGUCUGGCACUGGUCUUCACACUGAAGUGGUGUGACAAUGUUCAUAGGUAGAACUUCUGUACAAGAAUAUGUUGAUUGUGAAUUCACUUUCGUUCAGAAUAUUACGUGUUUAUUUGUCAGCUGGAAAGAAACCGUUUGAGGUUUAUCAGUGUUGUUUAAAAAUGAAAAAGGUUAGGUUGCAUGUGUUAUAUUUAGAGAGCUAUGAAGUGCCAUGCAUCACAAACAAUACCUUAUAUAUUGAGUUUCCAUAAUGCUGUUGGGUACUGUAUAUAAAGUGCAAUAUCUGAAACAUGGAAUCACCAAAACAUUUUUGACACAUUUACAUGUUCUCCAACUAAAAGCUUCCCAGAGGUGGUUUUCCUAAAAGAGGGUAAGACUUUUGCUGUAGAUAAGGUUUAUCAAAAUGUUGUUGACUCAGUGUUUGAUGUAGUGAAGCCAUUAAAAGUGUUACGACAAAGUCAGAUUUUAUUUUAAAAGGAGUUUUGUAGCUUACAGUGAGUGAAUACUUCUGACUAUAUCAGAAUAUAAAAAUGUAAUGAAUCCCACUAAAAAGAUUUCAAACAAAUGUUUUAGUUUUUUUCAGAGCCACAAUCAGUUGGCAUUUUAAAACUGAGGUUAUACAAACAUAAAAACUGCCAUUUAAUAUAAAUGCUUUAUUAAUACAGUUACAACCUCGGACAAUUACUUCACUUUUGUGUGUUUUUUUUUUACAUUACAAAUUGCUAGCAAGUAAGUAAAAUGUCAUUUUUUAAAAGAAAUGAAUGCUUUUAUUCAGCAAUGAGACAUAUUUACAAUCAAAAGUGACAGUAAAGACAUCAGUAAUGUUACAGAAGAUUUCUAUUUCAAAUGAGUGCUGUUCUUUGGCACUUUCUAUUCAUCAAAGAUUCCUGAAAAAAAAAAAUAUUAAGCAGCACAACUGUUUUUAACAUUGAUAUUAAUAAGAAAUGUUUAUUGAGCAGCAAAUAAACAUAUCAGAAUGAAUUCUCAAGGAUCUUCUGUAACCCUGAAGACUAGAGUAAUGAUGCUGAACAUUCAGAUUUGACAUCACAAGAGUAAAUUACAUUUUAAGUAACAUUAAAAUAGAAUAUUAAAUCCCAAUAAUAUUUCAGAAUAUUAGUUUUUAGUGUAUUUUUCAAAUAAAUUCAGCUUUGGGAGCAAACGAGACUUAAAAAACCUUACCAACCUCAAGCUUUUGAACAGCAAUGCAUAUGGCAGUGGUUUGCAAAGUAAUUAGUUUGAGACACCCUUUAGAUAUUCAUCAGUUGGCUUGUUUUUUUUUUUUUUCAGCUGUUUGGUGAUCAUCAGUGCUUUGUCUGACAUGUGGUAGAUUUUGGUAAUGUUUCUGUGUUCAGAGAUAGAGCAACACACACAAAUGCUAGUGAUUGUAUUUCAGAACAUGUAAAUGGAGUAUGUUUGUGAAAGUGGUCUGGGUCUUGUGUUUCCUGUACUUAAGUCUGCACUCCUGUUAAAAUUCUUCACGGACCAAUAUCAUGGCACAGUUUUGGAGCGAUUCACUGAGUUAUGUGUUGCUGGAUCAUAAUUUGCACCUCUAAAAAAGUAUUAUAGAUGAUAAAGAGAUGUGAAAAUAAAAGCCUUAUUUCAUUUUUGUAAAAUUUUGGCAAUAUAUCCCAUCUUGUGAUUGAAAGAUGUACACAAAAGAUUUGUCGUUGUCAGUCAGAAUGUCUUCAGCCUGCGGUUGCCAGACAUUAUGAAAAUAAAGACAUGUUUUUCAUGAGUGGA